AUGGUGGCUUCUCAGUCAUGUUUGGGAGUCUGUGUUACACAUGUAGGGAGCUUUAAGGCUAACUGGGGAGGUACAGGCAUGAAUGGGACAGCCAUUGAAAACUUUGCCUGUGUCAUUUUUAAUGUUUCCUUCAUGAACUGCACUUGGAAUGUCAGCAGGACUGCUUCAGAAGAUACACAAUACUUCCUGUAUUGGAAGACCUCUAGGAAAGAAGAUUUCACAGGAUGCCAGAAUUACAUCAAAGAUUAUUGUGGAAGGCACACAGGAUGUAGAUUCCAAAAUGUGACAAUAGAAAAUAAGAGAGCUUAUUUCCUAGUAAAUGUGUCGGAAAGUGGAAAAACCAUUCAGUCGUAUAAGAAGACAAUUGCUCUGUACCAAAUUGAAAAACUCACUCCUCCAUUAAAUGUCACUGUGAACUGUACAGAAGCUUCUCACGGUUGUGAAAUUUGGUGGCAACCACCUCGUACAAGUCAUGUGAAAAAAUGUUCAUGUUUCAAAUAUGGAAUAAUCAUAGAAAGCAAGGCUGAUCCCAAGAAAACCAUCAAAACCGCAUCUAAAACA